AUGCAGAGGCAAGUCCGCCUCCUGGCAGAGACGCUCGAGAAUGCAUACCGAAGGCACCUGCGGGAGGCCCAGGAGUCUGCGCUCGUCGCGGCGCGCGAGGAGGUCGGCGCGCCCUCCCAGCGGAGUGCCCGGGGGGAGGAGGCAAGAACCACCAAGGUCCUUGAGGUGGCCUCGCGCGUCUUGCCCGAGCUGCGACGCGCUCGUGCGGAGCUCGACAUGGCGCUCUCCGCGCAGAGGAGGCUCGCCGCCAAGGCGGCGCGGACCGAAAAGCGCGCAGCCGAGGCUCAAGCGGCCGCCGCCGCGGCUGUCGAGGCAGCGACCGCGAAGUGUGAGGACGCCGAGGCGGACGUUGCGGCGAUGAGGCUGCAGGUGGAGGCUGCACAGGCGGAAGUUGCUCGCUUGCACGAGCGGCAGGAGCACUCGCUGCCGCCGCCACCGAGAACAUGCGCGGCGCCAGGAGAGGCCGAGGCAACCCGCCGCCGCUCGCGCGAUGGUGGCAUCCACCCCACGUCUACCGUGCGGCAAGGGGGCUCGUGCCCGGGCGAGGCUGCGUCGCUCUCACACCUCGCCGAAAGGCUUGGCGGCAACUUCAAUGAGAUUUGGCGCGCGCCUCCGCCCAGCCAAGGGCAAGGCGACGACCUGCUGAUGCGGAGCUGGGCCGCGACCGAGCGAAAGCUCGGCCGAGCACAACAGCUGGGACAGGGCGUGCUCUCACAGAGCUGGACCGACCAAAGUCCAGAGGCCCUGAGCCCAGCGCUGCUGCUGGGUCGCACUGUGAUCGGGGCUGGCACGUGGCCAGCGUUGGCUGAAGCGUGGAGGUAA